UCGAACUCACAAAGAUCCACCUGGCUCUGCCUCCCGAGUGCUGGGAUUAAAGGCAUGUGCCACCACCGCCCGGCAAGUUUUUCUGAUUAGGACAGUGAGGAACCCUGGGAAGCUUGCCACCAAGCCCACGAUGACCUGAGUUCAAACAGGACCCACAAGGUGAAAAGAAAGAACAUACUCCCCGAACACCACUCUGUGACAGGCUCACACACAGACACAAAGCGCGGAAGCACUGUUAUGGGGCCUGCAAGCAAGAUGGCUGAGAAGGACCCUGAUCUCCUCCUCCUCGAAGACAUCCUGUUGGCCUGCUCCUCUGUCAGCCUUCACUUCUGUCUGUGGGUGUGGAAGUUAUCUAAUGUGGACAGCAACUACAUGCUCAAUAGACCCAUCUUCUUCCAUGUGGACCUAUGAGGACACACACUCGACUGGGUCUGAACUCCUGCAGAGAGUGCCAGAGGCUGAAGAUGGAAACAUCGAAUAUAAACUGAAGCUGGUGAACCCAUCCCAGUACCGCUUUGAGCACCUGGUGACACAGAUGAAGUGGCGGCUCCAGGAGGGACGCGGUGAGGCUGUCUACCAGAUUGGGGUAGAGGACAAUGGGCUGCUGGUGGGGCUGGCUGAGGAGGAGAUGCGGGCCUCCCUCAAGACCCUGCACCGGAUGGCAGAGAAGUAUGCUUCCUCCUCCCUCUCUCCCCCAACUUUCGGGAGGGCCCAUGCGUACCCAGCCAGCCAGGUCCAGAGGGGCUGGGGUCGGGCCAGGCCCCUCCUAGAACAGUCUCUGACAGAAGGUCAGAGUAAGUCAAGGUGGUGCUCUCACUCCCUCACUGUGCCCCGGCUCCCCAUUCCUUUCCAUUUAAGAUGUUCAUUUCAAAAGAGGUGUCCGGGGAUGGAUUGUACGGUGGUAGGAAGUACAGUGAGGUGGUGUCAGGAGCUCUGUGGUCCAGAGCCAGGCUGGACUAGGGGGAAUACAUGUGAAAUAUGGCAGCUGUGGCUUUUCUGUGACAGGGUUGGGGCAGACAUCACUGUUCUUCGGGAGCGAGAAGUGGAUUAUGAUAGUGACAUGCCCCGGAAGAUCACGGAGGUGCUGGUACGGAAGGUUCCUGACAACCAACAGUUCCUAGAUCUCCGUGUGGCAGUCCUAGGGAACGUGGACUCAGGGAAGUCAACCUUGCUUGGAGUCCUGACCCAAGGAGAGCUGGACAACGGGCGGGGCCGGGCCCGGCUCAACCUUUUCCGCCACCUGCAUGAGAUUCAGUCUGGCCGAACCUCCAGCAUCAGCUUUGAGAUCCUGGGCUUUAACAGCAAGGGAGAGGUGGUGAAUUACAGCGACUCACGGACCGCAGAAGAGAUCUGCGAAAGCAGCUCCAAGAUGAUCACCUUCAUUGACCUGGCGGGCCACCAUAAAUACCUGCACACCACCAUCUUCGGCCUCACGUCCUACUGCCCCGACUGUGCCCUGCUCCUCGUCAGUGCCAACACUGGAAUCGCCGGCACCACACGGGAACAUCUGGGGCUGGCCUUGGCCCUGAAAGUGCCCUUCUUCAUCGUGGUCAGUAAAGUGGACCUGUGUGCUAAGACCACAGUGGAGAGGACAGUACGCCAGCUGGAGCGGGUCCUCAAGCAGCCUGGCUGCCACAAGGUCCCCAUGCUGGUCACCUCUGAGGAUGAUGCUGUCACUGCUGCCCAGCAGUUUGCCCAGUCACCCAAUGUCACCCCUAUAUUCACACUGUCCAGUGUGUCUGGAGAGAGUCUGGACCUUCUCAAAGUCUUCCUGAACAUCCUGCCCCCACUUACCAACAGCAAAGAACAGGAAGAGCUCAUGCAGCAGCUGACAGAGUUCCAGGUGGAUGAAAUCUACACAGUCCCAGAGGUGGGGACUGUGGUUGGAGGAACACUUUCCAGUGGGAUCUGCCGUGAGGGAGACCAGCUGGUGGUAGGCCCGACAGAUGAUGGCUGCUUCCUGGAGCUGAGAGUAUGUAGCAUCCAGCGCAACCGCUCUGCCUGCCGUGUGCUGCGAGCUGGUCAGGCUGCUACACUAGCCCUCGGAGACUUUGACCGCGCAUUGCUUCGCAAGGGCAUGGUGAUGGUGAGCCCCGAGAUGAAUCCCACCAUCUGCUCAGUGUUUGAAGCAGAGAUAGUCCUACUGUUCCAUGCCACCACCUUCCGGCGGGGAUUCCAGGUGACGGUACAUGUGGGCAAUGUACGGCAGACAGCAGUGGUGGAAAAGAUCCAUGCAAAGGACAAGCUGCGGACAGGGGAGAAGGCAGUGGUACGUUUCCGUUUCCUGAAACACCCAGAAUACCUGAAGGUGGGCGCCAAACUGCUGUUCCGGGAGGGUGUUACCAAGGGCAUCGGUCAUGUCACGGAUGUGCAAGCCAUCACAGCAGGAGAAGCCCAGGCCAGCAUGGGCUUCUGAGUCCUCAAAACAGCUCUGCCGCUGUCCCUACAAUACAUGAGGUGACUUCCAGCCAUGCUGCCCACCGUCGGCGGUGGCUCUGUGUGUUAAUAGGCUAGACAGAGUGUCGGCUGCCACUUGCUUCGUGCCGCCUUUCUGGAGAGGUGUCAAGCGUGGUGUGGCCAGGGAGAGGCAGUUCUGAGGGAGAAGACAAUUCAGGGCAGUUCUCAGCUGUGUGCCCCCUGGUUGGCUCAUUAACCCUGGCAGCUGCAUGGUCUUGUCUACUGGAGGGAGCGAUGCAUAGCCAUCUUGGGGCCACUAUCAGGACUGGGCAUGACUCACCAGUGUGACCUCUGCACUUCAGGAAUUGUCAUAACUGGGGUGGCCCUUGAAAGCACUUCUUUUUUAUACCUCCUCUCAAGGCCAUGUAAGUUGCCCAUCUCUACCUGACUGUGGAUAAAAGACAGUGCUCCUGGCCAUCUAGGGGACCCAGGGACUGAAGAAAUGGCACAGAGACCGUGAAAGACUGUGUUCCUACCCUGUGUUGAGUCCUGAUGCAUAUUCCUGGCUUUAUUUUGUUGUCCUUCACUUAAGGGCCAUUUCCCCAGAUCCUCCUGUUAGAGGCCCCACUUGGUGCUAUUUGUGGUGCUGGCCCAGGCGUGGGGCUGCCAAGCUAAGGCUUGGCACACCAAAGGCCAGCUGCAUGUCAAUCAGUUUCUUUUUCUCUGCAGGUCAUCUGUUGGUUUUCAUGCUAGAUCAAAUAGUAUGUUUUCCUUUCCCAACCUGGUAGCUGCAGAACCUGACCCACAGUUGUGCAUCCUGGCAUCCUCAUCCCCAUUCCUGCUCCCACAUAAAUUUUCUCUGGUUUUAGUAAUUUGUAGUGACUACCCCCUUCCCUCUGUGGCCGGGAACCAGGAGGAAAGGGAAAGAUAGCAUUCUAGGCAUGGACAACCUCCUUUCCCUUUGCUAGUAUCCUGGGUUCCCACGAACUCAGGGAUUUGUUGGUUGAAGAUUCUCUCUGCACAUGUGUGUAUAUAUAUAUGUAUAUAUAUUUAAAUACACAUAUAUAUUGUACAGAAUAAAAAAUGUUUUAUUGGA